AUGAAAUUUGAGAAUGCAGAACAACCACGAGACGGAGAACGAGCUUCUUCUUCUUCCAACUUGAAGAAAUGCGCACCAAAGUCAGUCUUUGGAAUUUCCAUGUGCUGCUGUCUUUUGGGUUGCCUUCUUCCUGGAAUUGGUUUGCUCGGCUUCAACUAUUUGACGUAUGGAAACUACGAGUCGGUGCAAGCCAAGGUCGUUGGACAAACCUUUUGCGGGUACUAUCGCCGUCGGAAUCUAAAGCAUCAGCAGCAGGACAAUGUCGAUGAAUCAUCAUUUGCCAUGUGGGAAGACGAAGAUGAGGAGGAACUAAUGGAUCGAAGACUGAAGAAAAGUGGCUACAAUUCUGGAAGCCGCUCUUCCUCCACAAACAAGAAACAAAACCACUACAAGAUGACAUAUGAGUUCUUGACAUUGGAAGGAGAGAACAUUACUACCACCACGGAUUACUGUGUCAAGGCACGCCGUCCCAUCAAUUCCACCGAGUACAUCAUGUACGAUCCAGAUGAUCCGUACAAUGUGGUGCAUGAAACGAAGACCACGGCAUAUCUGGUGCUUGGUGUGUCACUGGCAGCAACUGGAGCUGUAUUCCUAUGUGCGGCAUGUGUCCUAUACAAGGUGUUUAUGAGUACCUUCGGAGACAUGUUGGGAUCCAACAGCAACAAUUCUAAUAAUAAUGGAGGCAUGCCCGAUCCUACUGAGAAUAACUCAGAAAGCAACCAUGGUGGAGGUGGCAUUCCAGCAACGACUGGAUUUGCAUCGGCAUUCUCGCAAUUUACCAAUCCAAAUGCCAACAAUAGCAAUUCAGCUACUAACAACAACAACAACUCGGCUCCCAACAGCAAUACUAAUGGGAGCAACAACAACGGUGGCAAUACUCCCAUGGCUGGAUUGGCAUCAGUAUUCUCACAGUUUACAAACCCGAAUGCCAAUGCAAACAACAAUAACAACUCUACAGCUCCAAACAACAAUUUGGCUCCCAAUAACAACCAAAACCACCACAACAACAAUGCGAACAACAAUCCUAUGGCGGCUGGGUUGGCAUCUAUGUUUUCACAGUUUACAAACCCCAGUGCCAACAAUAGCAACAAUAAUGCAACUGCUCCCAACAACUCAACGGGACCAACCACCACGGAUACUCCGGCAAGCUAUAAUAACAAUAAUGCUUAUGGCAAUACAACCACCACCGAGAAUAAUAAUCCAUACCAUGGAAAUACUACUGGCAACAACAACAACAACAAGAAUUCCUACGGGAACACGGCCAGCAAUCCCUACCAAGAUAAUAACAACAGCACGUACAGCAACAACAUACGACAACAGCAACCUUCUCCAAGUGCUCCUCCCGCCAGUGCUGUAAACCCGACGGGCGGCUACCGACCUCCUUAA